AAGAUCAAUGGUCCUGUUAAACCCUAAAAACAAUCAAAGGCAAAAGAUCACUUUUUUCCUUGAAUGAAAAUGUCAUCUUUUGUGUUGAAAAGAUCCUCACUUGUAUCUCAAUACCCAAUAACAAAAACCAGAAUUCCAUGUUCCUCACAACUUCUUCACAAAUUCCAGGAUUCAAAUACAAAUCACGAGGAUUUGGAUCGUGGGUUUUGUUCGGUUUUGCUUAAAACCAUGAAAAUUCCACUUGGGUCUUCCUACAAUUCUGCAAAUUCAAGUUCUUUGGGGUCACAAUGUCACCAUUUUUUGCAAUGGAACUCCAAAGCCUCGGUUUUGGCUUCUCACAGUGGAGUUUUGAGAAGAAACACUGCUGGGUUCUUUUCUAGUUUACUUGUAAGGGCAAAUGAUCCAUCAAAGUGCAAAGAAGAUUUGGUUUUUUCCAGGCAGUUUGGUACAGAAGCUGCCACGGAACCUUCUACAUCUGAUGGGCUCACGGUGGAAGGAAUUGUUAACAGCAGGUGGACAAUUCUUGAUGAGAGUGAGAGUGAUUGGAAGAGUCAUGCUGCUGCAAUUGCUCAGUCCAUUCGGGUCAUCAAGAAGCGCCUUCAGUGGAAAAAACUGAUGGUUAGGUUGAAUCUGUUAUCAGCAGAGGUUAAUAAGCCUGACCUAUGGAAUGAUCCUGUACAUGCUGGGAAGAUAAGCAGGGAGCAUGGUUCACUUAUGGGUAAAAUGAAAGAAGUGAAGGCAUUUGAGCAAGAAUUGCUUGAGCAUAUAGAAAUGAUAAAGCUUGCAAGGGAAGAGAAUGACUCUGAGUUGGAAUUGGUGGGCUCUCACUUCUUGUCUAGGCAUGUUGUGGCAUGUUAACUAUAGUUGUUGAUGCACAUUUUAUUACACAAAUUGAGAUCCUUUCUAGUUUCUACCAUCAGAGUUUGCAUUAGUACAUAGAAAAACUGAGUUUGAUGCAUCAAAAUUAAUUUAGUAAGAUUUG